AUGUACAGUCAGAAGGAGGGCAUGCAAACAAGUUUGCUCAGCUUUUUUGCCGUUUGGUCUCUAGUCAAAAUGUCUGUUCACGCACAAAAUCCCCAGGGAUAUGAGUUGCAGCCAAUAACAUCAUAUGUAAUCUUAGCCCCAAAUACCAUCCGACCUAAUGAACUGGUGCAGAUUGCAGUGUCUAUUCUUCGCCUGUUUUAUGAACAGCUCACCAUACGGAUUUCCAUAAAAAUUGAUACCGAUGAAAUUAUUUCUGCUAUCGAGGUAUUUAAAUCUCCGGGAACAAGGUUAAUGCAGUUGAAGGUAAACGAAUUUCUUGUUAUCACGGCACAAACGAACUAUCCCACGGAUACGAUUCACUACGUAGUGAUUUCCAAUGGGAACAUACUCUCAGUGGAUCAGCUGCGUUUACCGAAUGCAGUGACAUCGCGCACCUUCUCCGUGGCUAUAUCGCGCGCCAUGUUCCCGGUUGCUCAUCUGGUGGCUUACUUCAUAAAGGACAGCAGCGAGAUCGUCUCGGACGCACUUACUUUCUACACUAAUUACACUAAUCUGAACAAUGUCCAGAUGCAAGUUAACCGAGGGAAGGAUCUAAAUCAGGACACAGUGGAAGUCAGGGGACAAGCGACACCCGGAUCAUACUUGACUUUCAAUGUGAUCCACUCCGAUUUGUACAAAUACAAUGCGGCUCCAUUCUUGAAGGAACGUAACAUUGUUGACGAAUUGACGAGGUACAAUGGCGAAAGUCAACUUCCUUAUGUUCAUACAUGGUUUGAAAGCCUGGAUGAUCAACAUCGCAUUUACGUGCCUGCACCAAGUAUUGGAGCCGACGCGAAUACAACGAUGAACAUAUCCGGUCUCAUCUUAUUCACCGAUGCUAAUUUCACCAAGGCCAACUUUUACCAUACAUGCAACGAAACCGUAGAUCCGUCAAGGGCCUUACCCUGUUUUUCCGCAACUGGGCGCGACUGUUACUCAAGGGCGGAGCGGUGCAACGGCAUCGCCGAAUGCAUCACUUGGGUGGAUGAGAUGAAUUGCCCAGUGAACUUCUCUGAGGUACCAUACCCUUGGCGGCCUAUCACCUCUUUCAACAUGCUUUAUCGCCUCUGGGAGGAUGGCGCGUGGAUGUGGCAUAGUUCCUUCGUAAAACCAGAUGGUGGAAUCCAGUUUCGCGUCAACCUGCCAAAGAUGAACGCUGAUUGGACGGCGGCAGCGUUUGCCAUCGACGGUGAUUCAGGCCUGACCCUCAUGCAACAACCUUAUCUGUUCUCGGGUCUGCGACAGUUCUACAUGACUGUCGAGGCAGUGGAAGAAGCCGUAUGGGGCGAGCAACUGGGUGUCCGAAUUUGCCUUUUCAACAAUUGGAACUACUGGCUUGAGGCAUUGGUUGAAGUAAAAGCCAGUCCACAGGUGCGUAUCGUUCAGGUAGGCUUUGGGGGACGCGUUUCUGCAUAUAGCCCGGAGGUGGCACUGAACGAGUCGGUACAGUCUCUGGCGUUUCUUGAGGCUGGUACUUCCCGAUAUAUCUAUAUGCCCCUACUACCGAAAGAGCCCGGAAACACUUCAUUCACAAUUUGCGCAUACAGUUUCAUUGGCUCCAACUGUGAAACACGCACCGUCUAUGUUCGGAUGAACGGAGUCCCCAACUUCUUUCACACGGCAAUAUUUUUGGAUCUGACCAGUUCAAGCGCCCUGUUCGUGAACAACUUCAAAGUGAUUGUUCCACAGAAAUACACCAUUCCAGAGCGCAGAAUGCACCGUUUCGUUCCCGGUUCACAAUAUGCCAAUCUUGGUGUUGUUGGUGACUUCAUUGGACCUUCGUUAAGCGAAGACCUGGAGUUCGCCACAACGCACAACAUAGUGCGACUAAGGUUUGCCAGCGUGGAAAGCGUCUUCUUUGAGUUGGGCUACAACCUGCGUCUACUGCUGUAUUUGUACAAUGCAGGCACUUUGUCAGAAACCGUCCUAAACGAUGGUCUGCUAUACUGCACCGUUGUUCUGCAACGGGGAUUCGCCUUCUACAAUUCCUCGGUCAAUGGAUUUUCCAACUUUCGCGACCGUCUGGAUAAACCGGAGCCACUAGCCACUGCAUUUGCUUUCUGGAACCUUCUUCUUACCCGUCAGCCGCAGUGGAAUCGUCUGAUACACGUGGAUGACGAAACGUUCAUCAAAAUAAUUACCUAUCUGGAGAACACUCAACAGAAGUCUUCCACAACAGGCGCAGUGGACAGCGUUGAUGUUCGGUUGGCAGGCAGUUGGAACCUCAGUGAAGUGCUAGAUCGACGGUUUGCUCCAGUUAGCAACGCCACUGAUCCCAUCGACAGGGAAGCUCACCGACGCUUGCCCUGCGCUGCCAUGGUGGUGAUUGCUUUAAGAGCAUACGGACGCUCUUUGCCCAGUGGAAUCGGUUCAGAACGCGCUGAGAUUAUUGUGUCAUCAGCCGUGCAGUUCAUCGGACGGCAUGUCCUUCAAGUGAAUGAUUUGUUCUCUUUGGUCAUUGGAACAUACGCACUCAGCGUAGCAACGGAUGCAACAUCACAGCAAAUAAUAAUGCAGGCUAUAAACCGAAUGCAACUCUUUCGGCAGAAGGGCGAAUACGUGUACUUUGCAAACUAUCCAAUACCUCCACCUAAGUGGGAAUUGGAUCAAGCAGGCCGAAGGAUUGAAAAUCCAAGACUGGAAAUGCCAAACGACGGGUACGGUGUCGCGUGUUCCAGUUUCUACUUCCUACUGAUGCUAGAGCUUGGUCACUGGAAUUUCAGAACUCCUGAAGCGUUAGACAUGGUUCACUGGCUAGCGAGUGAACGAAACCAUAUGGCGGGAUUCGCAAGUACAUUUGAUUCCUUGGUGGCCUUAACCGCGCUGACCAAUUUCGCACUGGCGGACACGAAUCGGGCAUUGUACCGGAUGGCCAUUGAUGCCAAAAUUUCCUCAAUGAGUGCCUGGAAAAAACGCAUCUACGUGGAAACAAGUAACUACUCAACUCUGACUUCCACAACGUUCAACCCGUUUGACGUCUGGGGUGAUAUCACCAUGAAAGCAGAGGGCACGGGGCGAUUGCUUUUGCAGUUGGACGUUAGAGUGAAUGUGGAGUACCCUCAGAUGCAAAAAAUGCCACGAAAUCCACAAAAUACGCAAGAAGUGAUGCGAAGCUUCGAGAUAGAGUGUGUCCCUGGAUUUGCUGGCAGAAAUAACUCCAUAAUGCUAAUGAACGCGUGCGGUCGUUGGGUGGGAACAGCAGGUGUAGAACCAAUGGCUCAAAGCGGAAUGGCUGUGUUCACGAUAGGGCUGCCAACCGGUUAUGUCGUGCUUAAUGACGACCUACGGGAUUACGUAAACAGCGGAGCUGUUCCCAAUCUGCGGUUUGCUAGAGCUUGGCCAAGGACAGUACACUUCUUUUUCGAUACAAUCACAACAAACGACACCUGCAUCAGAUUCCGUGCGGAACGGUACUACCCAGCGGCCAACAUGACACAGCAGCAAGUUUGCUCUGCUUACGAAUUUUAUGAACCAGGUCGUUACAAUCAUUCAAUGUACAACGUAGUCUCUCUAUACACAAACAACAUAUGCAACGUCUGCGGGUCAUUUGCUUGCCCCUAUUGUCCGGAUUACAAUGGAGUACGGAGAAGAUUUUCAAAGACGCACAGCAUUUUUUCUCACAUUUUCGUUCUUCUCCUGGCCCGAAUUAGUCAGUGGUUCCUAUGA